GAAAGAGUAGAGCAGAGCAGAGAGGCAAGGGAAGGCAUGAGAUGGGGAAUGAUCAGUGGGUCUGUCUGUGGCUGAGAGGGUAGGAGCUGUCCCUGUCAGAGAGACCUCUGGAGGAUUUACAGUGAGUGGUGAGGAGACAGACACACCACCAACAUGAGCAGAACCAUUUUCUUUGAGGUGGAGAUUCUGGACGCUAGGACCAAAGAGCAGCUCUGCUUCCUGGACAAGGUGGAUCCACACUCAACCAUAGGAGACGUAAAGAGUCUUUUUCACAAGUCAUACCCAAAGUGGUAUCCUUCCAGACAGUCUCUGAAGUUGGACCCCAAGGGGAAGGCCCUCAGGGAUGAGGACAUCCUCCAGAGUCUCCCCGUGAGCACCACGGCAACCAUGUACUUCAGAGACCUCGGCCCUCAGCUGGGGUGGACAAUGGUGUUCCUGGCUGAGUACAUCGGACCUCUGCUUGUUUACCUCCUCUUCUUCUUCCGCUUGCCCUACAUCUACACACACAAGUACGCCUUCACCUCCAGCCCCUAUCCUGUGGUCAGUCUGGCCUGUGUCUGUCACUCCUUCCACUACAUCAAGAGGUUAAUUGAAACUAUAUUUGUGCAUCGUUUCUCCCAUGGUACCAUGCCUCUGAGGACAAUAGCGAGGAAUUGUGUCUAUUACUGGGGUUUCUCAGCCUGGUUGGCAUACUACAUCAACCACCCUCUCUACACACCACCAUCGUACGGGGAGAUGCAAGUGAAUUAUUCGCUCGCCGCAUUUGCAUUAUGUGAAGCAGGGAACUUCUCCAUCCAUCUGACCCUGAACAACCUCAGAGGCGAAGGGCUCAGGUGCAGAAAGUUCCCCAGCCCAACUAAGAACCCCUUCACGUGGCUUUUCUUCUUCGUGUCUUGUCCCAAUUAUACGUACGAGGUAGGAGCAUGGGUCAGCUUCUCUAUCAUGACACAGUGUGUUCCAGUGGCCCUGUUUGCAUUCCUGGGCUUCAUCCAAAUGACCAUCUGGGCAAAGGGCAAACACAAAACCUACACGCGGGAGUUUAAAGACUACCCUAACCUACGGAUGCCUAUUCUGCCUUUCAUCCUCUGAGGAGGGAGAGA